AUGCAUUAUGAUGGAGAAAAUCUCUUGUAUAGAUCUGGAGGGACAAAGUAUUGGGAUUGGGUAGAUACAGAUAAGAUGUCGAUGCUUGAUUUGGAUGAUAUGUUGGCUGAGAUGGGGCACCCUCUUCAUGGUUUGGGUUGGUAUUGGAGGGUUACAAGGGAUCCCUUACGGUUACCCAACUUGAAGGUUUUAAAACAUGACAAUCAUUUAUUGGAGAUGGGACAGCUAAUCAACAAGAAGAGUAGGGUGGUGGAUGCUUACUUGUUAGACCACAAUUAUGUGGAGCAGUUAAGUGAAAGAGUUGGAGGAGGACAACCAGAAUAUGAAACAAGUCAAAUGGCUAAAAGUGUACAAAGUGAAGGUCAAAGAAGCCGAGUUAGAAGAGACAGAGUUAAAGAUUUUGAGGAAGAAGGUGGUGACUCCUUAGAAGAUACAGAUUCUGAUGAUGCAUCAUUUAUAGACAGUGAGAAUGAUUUAGAUGAUAAGGAAGAUGACUUGGUCUUUGAUCAAUAUAUAGAGGAUGAAUUUAGGGCAGGUCGUCUAGGGGGACAUUCAGAAAUUAAUGAUGAGGAUUCGGACAGCGAGUAUAUGGAUCCAGAUAAUUUACAUCAUUUGGUAGAAGAGGGGGAAGAAGAUGAAGUUCAAUACCCUCAGUUCAAUGUAGAAGCAAAUAUGAAGACCCUAUAUUCUUCAUAUCACAGACAUUCGAGUCAUUUUUGGAGUUUAAGGAGGCUGUUCGACAUUAUGCUAUCAAGAAUAAAAGGGAUAUAA